ACUUUUGACUUUAUCAUAAAUUACUGUUAUCACAUAAAAUUGUGCACAUUUCCUCGGCAUACAAAGUACCUUACGAAUAGACACAGACAAAUAGGAACAUGAUGCCACUGAAUGUUUCUUUGAUAAAAUAUGACAAUCCGUUACUUAUUACUAAAAAUUCAGAUAAAAAAUCUCCCGGGGCACCUACGUUAAAGGGAACUCAUCAAGUUACAGACUCUUCAAACAAACCUUGCGUUUCACCCAGGGGAAAGACAUCCUUAGUUGAAGCUAAAAGCAACCAACAAACAGAAGAAAUUUUGAAUUCGAUUCUUCCGCCAAGGGAGUGGAGUGAAAACGGUCAGUUAUGGAUUCAACGUGCUUCAAGCACACCAGCAACACGACUUGACGUUGUUAAUUUACAGGAAGAGCUCGAUAGACGAUUGCAACAGCGUCAAGCUAGAGAAACUGGAAUAUGCCCAGUCCGCAGAGAACUAUACAAUCAAGUAUUUGACGAACUAAUAAGACAAGUGACUAUUAACUGCGCUGAACGGGGUUUGCUUCUCCUUCGCGUCCGUGACGAGAUAAGAAUGACAAUAGCAGCAUACCAGACACUUUAUGAAUCAAGCAUAGCAUUCGGCAUGCGUAAAGCUCUUCAAUCUGAACAAGGGAAAGCUGACAUGGAACGAAUGUGUGUCUUGGUUAAAACAAGUUUGUAUCGAAACAGUGGUUAACCACCUACAUAUUCAUGGUUGAGUGAACUCAGUCAAAUCAGCACCAGUUUACCAAUUUCACGAAUAUCAGAGAUUUGUUUACUGUUUAAUUAAAAAAUAACAAUCUCGUAUUUCAACUAUCUAUUUUUAGUCUUGGUUGUAGUUUUAUAACAAAAUAAGUAUUUCGUGAAACUACUCAUUGAAGCAUAUUUUCAGCUUCAAGCUAGGGUGUCUUAUUUCCAUGGUCUACAAAUACACAGGAACACGAACUACUCAAAGUUGACAUCGGGACACUUGGUUGACACUCUUACUGCAAUACUUGGACCCCAUUUUACUGGG